UCAAAAUCUGGUAAAUGGGGAACAAAAGAGGGGUUGGCUCUCUCUGAGACGGAAACCUCCCGCUUAAAACCCUGCAACUUCGAUCUCUUUCUCUCUCUAAAGUCUCUGUCCGUCCGCUCUGCUCUCUUUUGUUUUGCGAAUUUCUCUCUCUAGGUGGUGGCAAUGCUGCCGAGCGCGGGCAUGAGCAAUGGCUACCUUCGAAAGGAUUCAAGUGAGAGAAAGUUCGGGUUAGUUCACAGAGAUAAACUUCGCAAAGGGGGGCGGAGCUCUAAGGAUUUGAGGCAUGGCCAUGGCGCUAAGGUUCCGGGUCAAGGAAAUCCUAGGAUUAAUGGGUGCACAGAGUAUGACGCAGCUUAUUUCCAAUCGUAUUCACAUGUAGGCAUCCAUGAAGAGAUGAUCAAGGAUCGUGUGAGAACUGAGACUUAUAGAUCAGCUAUUUUUCAGUAUCAAAGUGCCAUUGAGGGGAAGGUUGUGGUGGACGUAGGUUGUGGGACUGGAAUUCUUUCCAUAUUUUGUGCACUUGCUGGUGCUAAACGCGUUUAUGCUGUAGAUGCAAGUGAAAUUGCAAUCCAGGCAAAUGAAGUUGUUAAAGCAAAUAAUUUGUCAGAUAAGAUAAUUGUUCUGCUUGGAAGGGUUGAGGAUGUUGACAUUGAUGAGGAGGUUGAUGUCAUCAUUUCGGAAUGGAUGGGUUACAUGCUUUUAUAUGAGAGCAUGCUGUCAAGUGUUAUUACUGCAAGGGAUCGAUGGCUUAAACCAGGAGGGCUAAUACUUCCUUCACAUGCCACGUUGUACAUGGCACCAAUCACACAUUCUGAUAGAUAUAAUGAGAGCAUUGAGUUCUGGCGCAAUGUCUAUGGUAUAGAUAUGUCUGCUAUGGUGCCAUUAGCAAAGCAGUGUGCAUUUGAAGAGCCGUCUGUGGAGACAAUAAUAGGAGAGAAUGUUCUGACAUGGCCGUUUGUGGUAAAGCAUGUUGAUUGCUACACUGUGACAAUUGUGGAACUUGAGACGAUCACUGCGAAAUAUAAGUUUGUGUCCAUGAUGCAAGCUCCACUGCACGGCUUUGCAUUUUGGUUCGAUGUUGAAUUUGCUGGUCCUGCUAACAUGCCAAAUGACAACCAUUCCCCAUCCUCAUUGGGAGAAGGCAGUACAUCCUUGUUGGGUGAUAGCACUACUGUGUCUUCUGAUGCCUGUGCAAAUGGUUCAAAUCAAAGAAGAAAACGGGCAAAAUCAAUGGAGACUCUUGUAUUGUCUACAGCACCAGAGGAUGAACCAACCCAUUGGCAACAGACCUUGCUCUAUUUCUAUGAACCAGUGGACGUUAAGCAAGAUCAGGUCAUCGAAGGCUCAUUAACCCUUUCACAGAGCAAAGAGAAUCCACGGUUCUUGAAUAUUCACCUAGAAUACACCUCCGGUGGACGUUCCUUCGUGAAAGAGUCUGUGAUGAGGUGAUUUCAUUUGCUCACGGUUCAACCACAUUCUUGCAGGGUUUUCCCAAAUAACCCGAUCCCAAUCCGUUCGGAACGAGAGUUUAUCCCCCUUAAAAUGGUAAUUCAUGUUUGAGUUGUGAUUUAUUGGUCCUCAAGAUUUUUUCUAUUGGAUAGUGGUCAAGUUCGAGAAUGAGGUAACAUAUGCUUUGCAUUUUACAUCUUCUUUACAUGGUUUCACACACAAGGAGAAGCAUGAUAUUGAUAAGUUACUGUGAGAAAAAAUUAUAAUCACCAGAGAGUGAGAAAGAAAGUGAAGAGGCUCUUGCAAUGUAAUUGCACUUGGAGAUCCCCAUCUUGCAUCUUUCCACAGUUGGAGCUUUAACUAGACCUGCUUUUAUCUGUUGUAACUGUGUUGUUUAUGAAUAUACAAUGAAUUGUAACCACGGAGAUAGAGUGGUGCUUGCUUUCUUUAAAUUUUCUCUUCUUAUGUAACUUAAACAUGAUACUUCAAAUAGUUGGGAUAAGCAUACCAUGGUAAUGAUGAUGUAACUUAAAAAUGAUGAAUUUUCUCUACUUAUGUAUCUUAAACAUGAUGAAUUGUCUCUU